AACAAAGGUAUUAUAGGCCAGCAGAGUGGGAAGGGACAGUUAGGUAAGCAAUAUCCUCUUCCUCCCCAUUCUUACCAUCAAAUAUCACCAACAGCACAAGGCAGGAAGUUUGAUUUAUAGAGCUUAAUAGCAUAUCUUUUUUAAAAUGUAUAACAUAAAAGAAAAUGGCUUUCCUGCAGUGUUAGAGCAAUACAAAUCCCUUUCUUCAUAGUCUUUUUCUGCUGCUGGAGACCAUUUUGUGUUCUUGGUCUGUGCUCCCUCAGGAGGCCAUAUUUAUGUCCAUGGUCUGUGCUGCUGCCUGAAGUCAUGCUGAUGUCUGUGGCCUGUGUUGCUACUGGAGGCCACGUCAAUGUCCAUGACCUGUGCUGUGGUCAAGGACCAUAAUGGUGCCAGGGGUCCAGACUGUAGCCAAAGAUUGUAGUAAUAUCUGUGAUCUUAACUGCUGCCAGACACCAUGCUGAGGUUCAUGGUCCAUGCUGAUGGAUGCUAGAGGCCAUGUGGAUGUCUAUGAUACCUGUGCUAUUUCCAGAAACCCAUGUGGAAGUUCAUGAUCCAUGCUGCCACUUUUUGUAAAUGUCAAGGAAGCUUCUGCUGCAGUGGUAUCUAUGACUGCAGACUUAUAGUUGAGAAUGAGCGACAUAGAAGACUUCUGUGGCAUCUGUCUCCCCCACUUUCCCCACAAAGAAACAGUCUAGACAGAAAGUCAUUGAAGAGAACUCUUAAUCUCACUUUUAUGGAAACAGAAACUGGUGGCUACUGUGGUGAAGAUAGACAAAUAUUCAGUACAGAGAUCUUUGAUUCUUUUAUAAAUUCCACGAAAAGGCUGCAUUAUGCUAUUGUCAUAAUGUAUAGGAUAUAUGUUGACUUUCCAUAGUAGUAAAUGAUAUGCUGUAUCUGCCUCCUCUAUAACCCUUUCUUAUCUCCUCUCACUUUACCCUCUUUUCUCUUCUAAAUCUCUUAGAAUACCUCUCUUUUUACUCUGUCAUUCACAUGACAGAAAAUAUGGGAUGCUUAUCUAUGUGAGCCUGCCUGUUCCCCUGAUGAUCCCAUUCAGUUCCAUACAUUUUCCUGUAAUGCAAUUUCAUUCUUCUUUGUCACUAAACAAUGCUCUGCUGUGUGUGUAUGUGUGUAACACAUUUCUUCCAUCCAUCAUCCACUGAUGGCUGCCUAUCCCUGAUUCAUACCUUGGCUAUUAUAAAGAAGUAAUGAAUCACAGGCAUCCGGACAUCUCUGUAGUAAGCUUUGACUCUCUGGUUAUGGCCUUAGUAUGGAUGAAACACCUGGUGCUUUUAAUUUCUUUCUAUAACAUCCCAUUGAGUUCUAGAGUGGCUGAACUAGUUUGCAUUGCCACCAGCAGUGUCUAAGGGUUCCUUCUCUGCUUCACUGCUGCCAGCAUUUUCUGUCUGAGUUCUUAAGGCUAGACAUUAUGACUGGAGUGAGAAGGAAUCUUGAUGCAAUUUUGAUUUUCAUUUUCCUGGUGGCAGAGGCUUUCCAUUCUAAACUGAAAACACUUAUUAACAUUUGAUCCACCUUUCUAAGGACAGACAAGGUUCAUUGGGAAGUUAUUCUCAGUCCCAACUUUGCUAUACGAGACAACUAAGGGAGGAAGUUUGACAGUCUCCGGGUUCUUGGAAUCAAUACCAUUUUCUCAGCUAGUCAUGAGUUCUGCUAAGGAAAGAAGAGAUGCUCAAACUAGAGAACGAGAGAAACAAGUAGCUACUACCUACACAGAGAGUCAAAAGAGCUUGUGUGUUCCUUUGGUCAAUGUACUGACACUGUGAAAGUCUGCAUGUAUUUUUCUCUGUCUCAUUUUAGGAUUCUGAUGUGGGAUUUCCCUCUUUAUGUUUGAAUACAUUAAUGAGUAAUGAAACUGCUUUGAACCUAUAGCAUGGCAGAGUUUAGGUAGGCUGGGGAGACAGAACUGAAUGCUGGGAGAAAGAAGGGUUGAGUCAGCUAAAAAGCCAUGGAGUCACCACCAGAGACAGAUGUGCUGAAACUUUGCUGGUAGGCCAUGACCUUGUGGUGAUAGACAGAUUAAUGGAGAUGGGUUAAAUUAAUAUGUAAGAGUUAGCCAAUAAGAAGCUAGAGCUAAUGGUCCAAGCAGUGAUUUAAAUAAUACAGUUUCUGUGUGAUUAUUUUGGGGCUAAGCUGGAGGCGUCCAGAAACCAACAAGCAGCCCCCUCUUCCAACAAGAUUUUGUAUUUCCUUGGCACAUUAAUUCUCAUUUGCAUCACUUGGGUUUGAAGCCAUUGUGAUUAACCUUGACUUUAUCCAUAACAUAACUCUGUUGAACUGUUUCGAUGCCAUUAACAGGGUAAACACAUGGAUUGCAUAAAUCACAAAGGCUGACUACAACAGAGGAAAGGGGUCCUCCUUUACCCCAACUACAGAAUCAGACCCCUCCUCUUCUGUCUUUUUUAAUCCACUUACUUAAACAUACAGCCAGUAAAAAGACAAGGAAUGUGCCCACUCUCCUCUUCCCAAGGACAAGUCUCUUAACUCCUUUGAUGCAUGGGAGGGAGAUGUGUUGAAGUGGGAAUAAAGGCAGUUGGAGGCAAUGGGGGCAUAUAUAAUCAAUUUAUAUUGUAUAUAAAAAAUGCAGUUCUCAAAGAAUAAACACCCUUGUUGACAUGGGUAUGGAGAAGGGGGAACUAUUCUGCAUGGUUGGUGGAUGUUGAUUGGUACACCCAUUAUGAAAAAAUAUAUGAAUACUUUAAAAGAAAUUUAAAAACAGAACUAUCAUGUUAUCCAUAAAUACUUUUUGGGGGCAUAUAUACAAUGAAGACAACCCUAUUUUUACUUCAUGAAGACAAACUCAUUGUGGGGAAAUUCAUAAGUUGUCAAGAUAUGGAAAUAACUUAAAUGUUUGUUGAUGGACAAAUGGAUGAAAAAAACUAUGGCAUGAAAAAAUAUAUAUCACAAUGUAAUAAUAUUAUCCUUGACAAGAACAAGUUCUUACCAUUUUCUAUAAAGUGAAUGAACUUGGGUGAUAUACCAGCUAAGAUAAACUAGGCAGAGAAAAACUAACAUGUAAAUUCACUUAUAUAUGGAACUUAAAACAAUUUUAAAAACACAGAAAUAGAGAACAAAAUGUUAGUCACAGAGGUUAGGCAUGAGGUGAGAAAGAUAGUAUGUGUAUCAGAGGAUUACAAAAUUUCCCUCAUGUUGAUAAGAAAAUGUGGAGAUCAACUUAUAACAUAAAUAUCAGAAUAGCCAUGAAUUUUAUAUGAGAUUCAGACUAAAUGGGAUUGUAGAUGCUCUUAAUGUCAAAUCAAAAUAUAGUAAAUAUAUGUGAGGUGAUGGACUUGUGAAAUUGAUUCACUAUAAAAAACAUUGUUGUUGUCUAUUUUUCUAAAACCUCAUGUUGUACAUAUUUAAAAUACACAAUAAUUUUUUUUUAAAAAUUAGUCUUCCAAGAACAAAUGCAGUUCCACCAACACUAGUACAUAGGUGCAGGUCGGUGUGUCUUUGGGCUAGAGAGCCGGAUGCCCAUCUAUGGGUUGCAGUGUUUCUGGUGUUGAUCACCUGGGAGUGAAUUAAAAAUGGGUGACGUUGAGAAAGGCAAGAAGAGUUUUGUUCAGAAGUGUGCCCAGUGCCACACUGUGGAAAAGGGAGGCAAGCAUAAGACUGGACCAAAUCUCAGCAGUCUGUUUGGGAGGAAGAUGGGUCAGGUGGCUGGAUUCUCGUACACAGAUGCCAACAAGAACAAAGGCGUCACCUGGGGAGGAGAUGCCCUGAUAGAGUGUUUGGAUAAUUUCAAAAAGUACAUCCCUGGAACAAAAAUGAUCUUCGCUGGAAUUAAGAAGAAGGGAUAGAGGGCAGACCUA